AUGGAGCUGUCGGGGGUGGACUACGUGGCGCUCACCGUCUACUGCUUCACCUUCCUGCUGGGUUUCCCCGCCAACCUGCUGGUGCUGCUGGUUUACGUGCGCAAGGCGCGCCGGCAUGGCGCCACGCCCAACGUGGUCUACGCCCUCAACCUGUGCCUGGCCAACCUGGCGCUGGUGGCCUGGCUGCCCAUCAAGGCGCUGGAGAUGGGGCUGCAGGACUGGAGGCUGCCGCCGCUCGUCUGCCCCAUCUACAGCUUCUUCCUGUACGCCUCCGUCUACGGCAGCUGCCUCUUCCUGACCGCCGUCACCGUCGGCCGCUACCUCAGCAUCGCCUUCCCCAUCGUGUACAAGCGCUACCGCCGCGCGCGCCUGUCCUGCUACGUGUGCGUGGGCCUGUGGGUGCUGGUCAUGGCGCACCUGAGCAUCAGCCUGGCCACCGAGGGCGGCGCCCACUUCGUGGGCGUGAAGGACGACGCGUCGGUGUGCUACGACCACUUCAACGCGUCGCAGCUGCGGGUGCUGCUGCCGCUGCGGCUGGAGAUGUCGGUGGUGCUGUUCCUGCUGCCGCUCGCCAUCACCAGCUUCUGCACGCUGCGCUGCGUGGCGCUGGUGUGGCGCUCCAACUUGCGGCCCAUGGGCAAGCGGCGUGUGCUGGCGGUGGCGCUGUCCACGCUGGCCGUGUUCGUGGUGUGCUACGCGCCCUACAAUGCAUCGCACAUCGUGGGCUUCGUGCAGGCCAAGAACGUGGAGUGGCGCUCGUACGCCAUGCUAACUAGCACCUGCAACGUGUUCCUGGAGCCCGUCGUCAUGCUGAUGCUGUCGCCCGCCGUGUCCCGCGGCAUCCUGGGAAAAGUGUGCGGCCGGCAGAGCCACUUCAGGCGCAGCGACGCGUCUCGGGGGAAACUCAGCAAUGCGCCGUCAGAGAGGAGCCGGAAGGGAGAGGGGGGCGGUCCGGGAGACGGUCCGGGUUCAGGUCUGGGGUUCGGUCCAGGGUCUGGCCUGGGGGCCCGUCCUUGGUCCGGUCUGGGGGCCGGUCCAGAAGCCGAUUCGGGGUCCGGUCCUGGGUCCAGUCCUGGGUCUGGCCUGGGGUCCGGUCCAGAGGCCGAUUCGGGGUCUGGUCCAGGGUCCAGUCCUGGGUCUGGUCCGAGAGCCAGUCCCGAUUCAGGUCCAGAGGUGUGA